AGGAGGCGUGACAAUAUUGACGAUAUACUCGGCUGAUAAACCGACUUGUCCCACACGCGACAGCAGUCGUUCGACAUAGAUAGAUAGAUAGUGGGUGGACUAAAUGUAAGGGACAUAAAUAGCGCUAUAUAAGCAAGGGAGAUGACUAGAAGCAUAUUGCGUUUCUAAUAAGCUUGAGGACGUAAGCGGUAAAUAUUUCCCGCAAAAUCUUACGUAUUUGAAUCACUACGGCAGAAGGUACUUCAGUUAACGGUGUUGCAUCAAGCAUGUCUAAAAAGCGGCAAGGUUACCUUGAAUGGGAUGAUUACUUCAUGUCAGUGGCUUUCCUCUCUGCUCAACGUAGCAAAGACCCACGGACUCAGGUAGGAGCUUGUAUUGUUAACGAAGAUAGACGUAUUGUUGGCAUCGGAUAUAACGGUAUGCCUCGUGGUUGUAGUGACGAUGAUUUUCCUUGGUGCAAUGAAGGUGUCACUGAGCUAGAAAACAAAAAUCUCUACGUAUGUCAUGCUGAGCUUAAUGCAAUUCUCAAUAAGAAUUCUGCAGACGUUCGCAAUUGCACUAUAUAUGUUGGUUUGUUUCCUUGCAAUGAAUGUGCUAAAGUCAUUAUACAGUCUGGAAUUAAAGAAGUCAUAUACUAUUCGGAUAAAUAUAAGGACCAAAUUACCUCUAAAGCUUCUCGAAUUAUGUUGGAUCGUGCUGAAAUAAAAUAUCGCCAGUAUCGACCUACAAACGGACAAAUUGUUAUAGAUUUUACUUCAUUAAAAGAAAAGAAAGACCCGAUUAUAAGUUCAGUUUUGUCUCCCAUUUCUGAACUUUCACUUUAGUCAGAUGCGAACAUAAACACUUGGAAUUCAUUAUAUUGCCAACAUUGCCUUUUCAUAAUGAUAUCCUGUUAUAUUUUCUAGCUAAAAUUAAUGGAACUGGUGAAGAUUUUCUAAUUUUUAUAUGAAAUAUUAACUGCUGUAUUUUUAACGAACAUUUUUAUUCCAUUUUGUUUUCGUUUGUGUGUACAUAAUAUUUUAACUGCCUCUUUCUAAGAAAAGGAAACUAUCCACAUUUGUUCCAAUACGCAGUAGCGUAGCUGGGGUGGGGUGUGUGUGCAUUUUGGGCCGCACUUUUAAAGAGGCACCACCUUUGAGUCUGCUGUAGAUAAUGUUUUUUUUUUUGUGAUGGUCCGGGGGCAGCAAACAGAAAGGCAUCCCCGGGCAGCACAGAUUCUAGCUACGCUAGUGCCAAUAUUCCCUCUAACUCCAUCUAAUAAAAAGUUAUCCGACUUCCACCCAGGAUGUUGCGUCAUCUCACUAGCUUUUCUACUACAUACCCACUAUUCACUGGAGCUGUUUUAUCUCAUACCUAUUCUACUCAGGAUCACCCGACUCCCUCUACCCUCUCGUCUCUUAUUCAUUUGCAUAAAACACUACACCUGAUCCUUCUGAGACGUUAACUCUUGGAAUAUCUUUUCUGGAGUUGUUCAAGAACAUCAGUUACAUCGGUUCUACUAGCGAACUGUGGUCCCGGUGCGCGCACUCGCACACUCACGCUAGCAAGUCGUAAGUAGUCGAUCCUACAACGACUUUUUAACCCUAACCUUAACCCUAAUUUUUUAACCCUAAACCCAACCCUAACUCU